AUGUCUUCAUCGAAGUUUUUCACCGUGGCUGCGGCUACUUUUGCAUUCAUUGCUCCUGCUGCCGCUCUCUAUGAUGCAUCAUCACCUGCAAAUUUGGCUUUGUAUUGGGGUUCCGGGCCAUCUCAAACCAAUCUUUCAUAUUACUGCGAGCAAUCUACAGUGGACAUCAUUCCAUUAGCUUUUAUGAAUGUUUUCCCAGCACAAGGUGAUGGCUAUCCAGCUGAGAACUUUGGUAACGCUUGUUAUGGUCAACCAAUCUUCACACCAGGUCCAGGUUAUCCAUUAGGGGAUGUAGACACUUCGAAAGAUCAACUUUAUGUUCAAUGUCCAGGCAUUCAAGAGGGAAUUCCCUACUGUCAAUCAUUGGGAAAGAAGAUAUUACUUUCUCUCGGAGGAGCCUCAAACACUUAUCAACUCACAGGCGCAGCUGACGGAGAAUACUUUGCCGAUUUCUUAUGGGGAAGUUAUGGACCUUUCAAACAAUCUUGGGUGGAUGCUGGUGGAAUUAGACCAAUGGAUGGUGGUUACUAUGGAACUGACCCUAGUGUUCAUAUUGAUAUUGAUGGAUUCGAUUUCGAUAUCGAGUUUGGUCCUACUGACUACUCCGAAGGUUACAUUGCAAUGAUCAACAGACUCCGAGAACAUUUCGCCGAGAACCCAUCGAAGAAGUACUUCAUUUCAGGAGCUCCACAAUGUCCAUUGCCAGAGCCAAAUAUGGGAGCCAUGAUUGCUGGUGCCCAAUUCGAUCUUUUAUGGAUUCAAUUUUAUAACAAUGCCGCAGCUCAAUGCACAGCUCGUCAAUGGGCCGACAACUAUGCUUUAACUGGACAAGAAGACUCUGUAGGAUUUACCUAUGAUAAAUGGGUAUCGACCAUUAACAGUGGUGCAAGUGCUGGGGCCUCGAUUUAUCUUGGUCUUCUUGGUUCAACCUUCGCAGGAACCGCAUCUGACUACAUUUCUCCACUCGAGGCUCAAAGCUUGAUUGAAUCUUAUCACAACAAACCUCAAUUUGGAGGUGUCAUGAUUUGGGAAGCUACAUAUUCUCAAGAAAACACAGAUGCGGAACUUAAAGGAGAUUCUUACCACGGAUUUAUUAAGUCUUGUUUGGAUUCCUACGCACCACCUCCUCCCACUUCGACAUCCUCGAUUGUUCACAGUACUACUAUUAGUAGUUCCAGCUCCACUUCAGAAGUCUCUAUUACUUCCAGUGUUCCAACAUCGACUGACUCAUCUGCUGCUGCUAGUAGCACUGUGAUCUCGAUCUCAACUACUUCGACCUCGGUCUCGGAAUCUUCUGCCACAUCAACUUUGAUUUCUUCGGAAUCUUCUACUGCUACAUCUUCGAGUUCGUCAGAGACUUCAACUACUCCAUCGCUUACUUCUACAUCAGUUUCCCAGACCUCGACAGCCGCAUCCUCUUCAUCAUUGGAAUCUUCCGCUGCAGAAUCUUCGACUUUCUCUGAAGUUUUGCCAACUCAAGCAUCAUCUGGCUACACCAUUCCAGGAUACUCUCACAAUGCAACAUCUUCUUUGACCCAUUCGCAAGUUCAUUCCUCCAAGCCAGCUGGAAGUGGCACAUUGCCAGUUCAUUCUUCAAAGCCCACUGGUAGCUACACUUUCACCGGACAUUCUUCCAAAUCUACAAGCAUCGCAACAGGCUACACCUCGAAGUCUCACUCCGCCAAGCCAUCGUCUAAACCAUCGUCCGGUUACUCUUCAGUAUACUCCUUUAAUUCUACUACCAGUGGAAGUGUUCAAUCGUCUAAGCCAUAUGCCACCAAGCCUGUCGUUACAGGUACUGGAGCAUCCACCAAGCCAUAUCCAACGAAGUCUUCUGUGGCUGGUACCGGUCAAUCUAGCAAACCACGCCCUACCAAAUCCCUUGGAACGGGUGUUAAAUCUUGCAAGAGCAGAUCUAAGACUAGGACUAAGACCAAGACCAAGACUAAGACAUCAUCUACAGGCCCAUCAGGAUACCCAGCAACUACUUCUUCCAUUGUUAUCUCAUCUACUGCGCCAUAUGGAAAUAGUACCUACAGUCACUCAGAAACUAUUCCAGCUUCCACCGCCACAUCUUCAGUCGAGGGAAUUACUGUAUCUUCAGGUACUGCCACCGAAACUGGACCUGGAUUUAGUGCAACCGAAUCAACCGUCGUAGGAUCUUCUACAAUCAGUACCAGUGAGCUCUCAACUGGAUCUGCUACCAACAGCGGAUCUGUAACAUCAGAAACUGGUUCUGUCUCCGCUAGUAAAUCUGUUUCAUCCGGAACUGGUUCAACAACUUCGGCUAUUCAAUAUACGACUUCGACUGCCUAUGUUACUACAGUCUAUACCAUUACUUCUUGUGCCGCAACAGUUACUGAUUGCCCAGGAAGAAUUGGAUCUGUAACCACUGAAACUAUUUCCUCUUACACUACUGUCUGCCCCGUCACUGCCACUGCCACCUCGACAUCUUCUGCUGAAGGAAUUUCCGUAUCUUCAAAACCAUCUUCGGCCCCAGGAGUCACUGCAUCGCAAACAUCAUCUUCUUCUGCACAAGGACUUACCACAUCCACAUCUCCAGUAUCCUCAUCUUCGGCCCAAGGAAGUGCUACAUCACCAAUCACUUCAAUUGUCCAAUACACCACCUCUACAGCUUACGUAACCUCCGUUUAUACCAUCACAUCUUGCGCAGCCACCGUAACCGAUUGCCCAGGAAGAAUUGGUUCCGUAACCACCGAGACAAUUUCCUCCUACACUACCGUUUGCCCUGUAACAGAAACCAGUGGAAAUAGUGGCCUUGUUAGCUCGACAUCUUCCUCCGCUGGAGUACCCGUUCCAACCACAGCAAUUACUUCAUAUGGAACUUCAACUGUUUACCAAACAUCUGUUUAUACCAUCACCUCAUGUGCUCCAAGUGUAACGGAUUGCCCAGCUAGAUCUGGUCAAGUCACAACUGAGACUAUCUCUUCAUACACUUCCGUGUAUCCAAUCACUGUUUCUAGCACCGCUAUCAAUGUACCUACCUAUGGAGCUUCUUCUGCUGCUGGAAUCGAAACUUCAGUACCAGCCGUCAAGAUUUCAUCCACCGCUGUCAUUUUCACUUCGGCCCCUUCAGUUAAAACUUCAUCCCUUGCCGGCGUAUCAUCAGCAAUUCCAACCAAGGGAGCUUCCUCCGCCGCUGGCAUCGAAACCUCAGUCCCAACCAUCGAAGCAUCCUCACCCGCAGCUACUCCCGAAGCCGCAUCCCCAACAAGCCUCUACACAACCCUAAUCUCCACCCUUGUCAAUUCCCAAACCACCACCAUCUCCGCCAUCAUCGCUCCUUCAGUCAUCACCGUCAUCCCCGUUGCAAUCGCAUCCCCAUCUCCCGCCACCAGCAUCGCACCACCAUACAGCGUGGCGCCACCGUAUGGUGCUGGAAACGGCACCUUGGUCGCUACUGGUACCGCAUCGUCGAUCACCAGAGUGCCAAAACCAACUUCGUAUGUGGGUAAAGCGGAGAGCGAUAGCACCAGUGUGAAGAGCGGAAGUGUGACGACGCAGACCCCGGGGGCGAGUCCAAGCGCGGUUACUUUUGAGGGAGGGGCGGAGAAAUUGCUCAAGGGAGUGGGUGUGUGGGUUGCUGUGGGUAUGACGGGUUUGGUGCUUUUGAUUUAG